UUCAAUGCCCACAACUCAACCAAAUAGUAUUAGUUCUCAAAAUCUUUUAUCAUUUUCAUUCCUUUCACACAUGUAGAAAGUCUCAAACACGCCGGAAACAACUAACGUACGUACGUGAAGUGACGCCGGCCAAUUCCUCCCUUCAUUACAUUUGAAACUCGAUAAAGUAACGCAGAAUGAGAAGAUCAUCUUUGGGUGGCCUCUUCCUCGUGCUCGCCGCCGCCGUGUCGGCUUUCGGCGGCGGCUCAUCAGAGGCGGCGGCGGCACCCGCGGCGAAAGUGCAACCAACAAUACGCAACUACAAAUGGGAGGUGAAAUACGAGCUGAAGUCACCGGAUUGUUACCGGACUUUAGCGAUGGCCAUCAACGGGGAAACUCCGGGACCCACCAUCUUCGCUACCGAAGGGGACACCGUCGUGGUCGAGGUCAAGAACAGUUUAGUCACUGAAAAUCUCGCCAUCCAUUGGCAUGGCAUCAAACAGAUUGGAACGCCGUGGUACGAUGGCACAGAGGGGGUGAGCCAAUGCCCAAUUCUGCCCGGGGACACUUUCACUUACGAAUUCGUCGUGGACAAAGCGGGGACAUACCUAUACCACGCACAUUACGGGCUGCAAAGACAGACGGGAUCACAAGGGAUGAUAGUUGUAGCUGCUGCUAAGGAGAGCAAGAGGGAACCAUUUAGUUACGACGCACAGCCUCCGCCUAUUCUCCUCACGGAUUGGUACCACACGACUUACCAAGAACAAGCCGCUGGCCUCUCAGCCAUCCCCCUUGUAUGGGUUGGGGAGCCUCAGUCACUCUUGAUCAACGGGAGAGGAAAGUUCGCCUGUAGCGGCGCCGGCGACCAGGCUGCCGGAGUAUGUAACGCCACGAACCCGCAGUGCGCCCCCUAUUCCCUCAGCGUCCUUCCCGGCAAGACCUACCGCCUUCGGAUCGGUAGCUUGACCGCCCUCUCAGCUUUAAGUUUCCAAAUAGAGGGUCAUAACAUGACCGUGGUUGAAGCUGAUGGCAACUACGUGGACCCAUUUGUGGUGCAAAAUCUCUUCAUUUACUCUGGAGAAACCUAUUCCGUACUCCUCCGGGCAGACCAAGACCCAAAACGGAACUAUUGGAUGUCCACACAAGUCGUGGCCCGGAACAACACCACCCCAAAUGCAUUGGCCAUACUCAAUUACGGAACCAACAGUGCUACUCCAACAAGCCCCACUACUGCCCCACCGGUGGGGCCGCGGUGGGACGACCUCGCGCCCCGGGUAAACCAGAGCCGGUCGAUCCGGGCGCACCCGCGUUUCAACACCCCCCCGCCCAAGACCUCGGACCGCACCAUCGUCAUGCUCAACACGCAAAACAACGUCGACGGGAUGCGCAAGUGGGCCAUCAACAACGUGUCGCUGUUCUUGCCCCACACGCCGUACCUCGUCGCGCUCAAGUACAAGCUGUUGGCCGCCUUCGACCCUACGAGCCCGCCCGACGGCUACGACGAGCAGAAAUACGACAUAUACGCGGUCCAGAAGAACCCCAACGCCGUUGCGAGGGACGGAAUUUACCGGCUCGUGUUCAACUCGACCGUGGAUGUCGUCUUACAGAACGCCAACACGAUGAACCCGAACAACAGCGAGACGCACCCGUGGCAUCUGCACGGGCACGAAUUCUGGGUGUUGGGCUACGGGGACGGGAAGUUCAACCGGUCCACCGACCCGGAAAGGUUCAAUCUUGUGGACCCGAUCAUGAAGAACACGGUCCCGGUCCACACGUACGGGUGGACCGCGUUGCGGUUCAAGGCGGACAACCCGGGGGCGUGGUUGUUCCAUUGCCACCUUGACGCGCAUUUCUAUAUGGGGAUGGGUGUGGUGUUUGAGGAAGGGAUACAAAAGUUGGGGAAUUUGCCUCCUUCCAUUAUGGGAUGUGGACUCAGCAAAAACAUCACUCACCCAUAGACGCGCUGAAUGCUUAAUUAUUAUAUGUGGAGUUAUUUAUUUAAUUACACUCCCAUCCCAAACUAUUUUUGGAUAUGAAUCAUGUUUUUUUUUAUGUCAUGAGUUUUGAACGAUUAUUUAUAUGAUGUAUUCAUGGAGCCAUUCCAUUUUUAUUAUACGAAUGUAUUGCAUUAUUCCCUUCUUGUUUAAAUAAUCUUUUUAUUUUGAAUUAGAGAAAGUCACCAACAGAAGAGUCAUAAAAUAUAAUUCAUAAACUUGCUAUUUCUAA